UCGCGGUUAGUCGCGGCGACAAGUGCGUCGUCGUGCGUGGUGCCGCCUACCGUUUCAUCUCGUCAUCCUUUGGACCUCCUCGCUCUACACGUCGCUCUGCACUUUCUGUCUCUCUCUCUCUCUUGCUCGCGCGCGCAGUUCGUCCAGUGCAGAGUGCUCUUGCGCGAGCGUUCGUAUACGCGCUGCUCGGGGGAAGCUGCGGAGAGAGCGGAUUUGACACACACACAUAUACACACGUACGCACACAGUGACCGAGCGAUAGUGCGAGCGUCAUCCACGGCGAUGUCGACGACGCCGAAGUGCUUGGAGGAGUCGCUGGGCGAAUCAUGGGUGGAGCUGAGCCCCGUGCCGGAACGGAUAACGCCGCAGCCGUUUAGUAGCGCCGGCGAGGAAUACCUGCGUCUUCUGCGGGAGGCACAGAGAGACUCCACACACUCGUCCGAGAGGCAUUCUCUGGCGUCUUCGCACCGAAACAGCCCGAAGGGCAGUCCGAAAAGCCCGCCGAACAGCCCGAACACGGAACUGUCGAUCGAAGAUGAGCUCAAAGGGGUCUAUAUAAAUUACAGCAGCAGCAGCAGCAAGGAGGCCGAGUUGCUGGACAAGAGCAGGGACUGGAUCUACGAGUGGAGCUCCCGGCCGGAUCAAGUGCCACCAAAAGACUGGAAAUUCAAGCAUCCGUUGGGCAUGGGUAAGAGGAAAACGUACAGCAUCCGCACAGCGAAGGUCGGAAAGAACGGCUUGUUUUCCAAGGAAGUCAUCUACACCCUGUUCUUCACGAACUUCUUGUCCCUGCUCAUCGGGACCGGUCUUGGCGUUCUGCUCACCAGGCGGGGCCUUUUCAUGUCCCGCGUCGCUAUUGAGUAGAGGACACACGAUCGUGGGAGUAUCUGCAUCGGUUUUGGUCACACUUGAACGGAGAAGAAGGGAGGGAGAGAGAGAAGGGCCGCGACGGCGGAGAAGAGAUAUCGAGAAUGCAAGAAAGACUGAACAUGCCGGUGGGCGAUCGAGCCUAAAACAGAAAACACGCAGCACAUAAUUCGAUUGUCCCGAUUUAACAUUAGCACUUUGUAUUUUACUCCCCUUUCCCCGUUCCCUCAACUACAUACGGUGUACUUCUGAUAUUGCGUAUGUGCUAUGCAAGUAAUACGCAUAAAUAUGCUUAGGAAGAAAAAGCUAAAGGAAAGGAAAACGAAGAUACGAGGAAGAGGAGGAGGGAAGAAACGGAAGGAAGAAUAAGAAGAAUCUAUCGUAGUCUAGAUUUGUGUUGAAAGGAAAGAAAGGAGGUGAAUGCAAACGAAACAUGUCCAUUUUAUACCGUU